AAAUAGACACAAGCAGUCUUCCGGCACGUUGUUAAGCUUUCUUGUGACAAUGCGAAGUCUUACUCGCCAACUUAUUUGCUAAUUCAUGAUGGUUGUCAGAUCUGAAACUGAAUAGUCUCACGAUGAGUCACAAUUUGGCGGGUAUGCCGUCGUACAGGCUGCCUGGCCCUGGGCUGGGACCGCCGGACUUCAAGCCACCGAUGGAUACGCCGACCUCAUCGGCGCCGGCGCCUAGCAACCCGAAGAAACGAAGAAAAACUAAUAACGCCAAUAAUACCAUUACACCUCAACCACCUCCAACAGCACAGGACCUAUUGCCACCUCCAUUAACAGGAUAUGGAGACACUAUUGUGGCAUCUAACCCUUUUGAUGACUCUCCAUCCACUGUCUCGUCCUCACACAAUGGACCAAUGAUGAGUCAAAAUGGGCCAAUGAUGAACCAAAACGGUCCCAUGGGUAUGAUGGGACCUAUGCAUGGUAUGGGUGGACCUCCAAUGAGGCACAUGAGCCCUCUACCUCACAACAUGAGUCCUAUGAAUCAGCAGAUGCCACCAAGAGGUGGAAUAAGUCCAAUGGGUAACAUGAGUCCUAUGGGUCAUAUGGGUGGUAUGUCACCAAUGGGAGGUCCGAACAUGGGCAUGAGCAACCACAGUAUGGGUCCAGGCAUGGGACCACAAUCCAGGUCCAUGGGCAGCCCAAUGAGUCCUAUGAAUUCUAUGCCAAUGGGUUCACCUAUGUCGUCUGGACCUUUAGGUAGCCCAAUGAAUAUGGGGUCAAUGGCUGGAAGCCACAUGAGCAAUAGUCCUAUGGGACCACCUAUGCAUAGUCCAUUAGGUGCAGGUUCAAUGAACGGUCCUAUGAAUGGCCCUAUGGGAGGAGGAGGCCCUGGUAUGAAUGUUCCUAGGAUGAAUGGCCCAAUGGGCCCCAACUGUUCUAAUGGCUCUAUGGGCCCCAGUAGUUCUAUAAUGUCAUCAAGUCCGAUGUCAAGUGGUGGUAUGGGUCCUGGUCACUGUGGUCCAAUGAGACAUGGAAGUCCGAUGGGAUCAGGAAUAGGAAGUGGACCUAUGGGUGGCAAUGGGCCUAUGACAUCUAUGGGACCAGGCCCUCCAUAUAGCGGAAGUCAUAUGGGACAUGGGGGACCUAUGGGGAUGGGUGGAGGGGGAUCUAUGGGGAUGGGCCCAGGUCCAGGUAAUAUGGGAAGUUGCGGUCCUUUAGCUGGUAUGAGUGGUAUGGCCAUGGGGGGUCCAGGAGGCCAAGGCGUGGGACCAAUGGGACAAGGAAUGGGUAUGUUUGGUCCUAAACCAAUGCCUGUGAGCGCUGGGAAAGUGUAUCCUCCAGAACAGUCAAUGGUGUUCAACCCUCAGAAUCCAAAUGCGCCACCCAUUUACCCAUGUGGAGUAUGUCACAAAGAAGUACAUGAUAAUGAUCAAGCUAUUUUAUGUGAAUCUGGAUGCAACUUUUGGUUUCACAGGGGCUGCACAGGCCUAACAGAGCCUGCGUUUCAACUACUUACUGCAGAGGUUUACGCCGAAUGGGUUUGUGACAAGUGCCUGCACUCUAAGAACAUCCCUCUAGUGAAAUUUAAGCCAUAGCGUUGCGCUUUACCCUCCCCUCUACUUUUACCCCCACUAUAACUCUCACCCUCUUCCUACAUCACAAAAUAUUUAUUUCACGUCAUUGAUGAACACUAUAAAGUGACUAAAGUGAUCUUGGGCAUGAAUUCGGAAUGUUAGUAGUCUUAUUAAGAAGGAUCUCAUUGGAUAAGAGUAUUUGAAUAGCCUCACACUUGUCUUUGUUGGUGGUAUUUUAAAAUGUUUCUUAUGACAUCCUGGUGACAUCAGUAUAUUGGAAUUUGCUAGUCUAGCAUUCAUAUAGACUGCAGCAGCUUCGACAUUGUGAGGAGUCUGGCUACUAUAAAAAUAGUUCGUGUUUGAGUUUAAAUCGCGUGAAAAUCACCAUUCUUGUUGCUCAAACAUAGUAACAUUAUUGUAGCUGGCACGGUAUGAACUGACGACUUAAAAAUGUAUUUAAAAAAAAUUUAUUACAAACCAAUGUUUUGACCUUUACAUACUCUUUAUACAAUCGAUAGUAAAAUGCUAAUGAUGAAAAUGCAGACGGUCCUGUUAUCUAGUCUGUUAUUGUCAUUGUAACUUAUUUAUUUUAAUGUAAUAAUACUAAGGAGUAAAGUAAAUCAUGGUUGAUAUAAAAUUAGAUGGAAUCGUCGCACGUUUUCCUGCAUUAGGCAUAUCUCUUAAAAGCAAUUUGAUGUGAUUUUUGAGUAGAAUGUUGCUAGCACAUGUAGACGCUAAGUCGUGCUUAUAAGCAAUAAUGUGUUGGCCGCCCAAGAAUUUUCAAUGUCAGUAUGGUGCGCCGCUUUUAGUCUAUGCAUAUUGUAAAUAUUUUAGAAUAAGUCUUAAUACUAUCCGCCUUAUGAUAGUGGUGAAUUUUAGUGUACAUUCUGAAAUGAUACACAAAUCCAGUAUUUGUUCUUCUCACUGCUCUGGUUGGGUUGCAACAUCAGUAGUGAUUUUGUCAUUAUUUAAUUGUCGUAUUGAUGCGAUCACUUUUAAAACUAUUUUUAUGGCAGUAUGUCUUCCCAGUUAUUCUCUAAAGACGAUUUUGAUAUACAGGUGGUAUUUAUUUUAUUUCACUAGGAUUUGAGAGAGUGAUCUACUUUAAAAACACGAAAAUAAAAACAAGAUUGCCCCAAGUGUUGCGGUGAACACAGAUUUUUUCACGACUUCACGUGGUUCGCGUAUAGUAAAUUUUUCGUUUUCUUUGGUAGAAGUAAUUCCAAAAAUAUAGGGAAAUAAGUAAAUGUCGUUUAUAUAGAUUCAAGAGUUGUCUUUAUAGUCGUUUAACUCAAUCAAGGCAAAAUUGUUGAUAAGGGCGGUAGACGGACCUUCGUUUCGCUAUAAUUGAUUAUAAUGUACUUAUUAUUUUGGUGCCCUAGUUUUGCAUGUAAUAUUACGCGCGUUAUAUUACGUACAUGUACAUAACGAUGAAUCCAUACGCUUUGUUAAGAAUAAGAGUGUUACAUGUGUUUGUCAAUUUAUAACUUUUGGAGAUUUUUUAAUCGUAAUGUAACAUAAGGUAUGUGUAAAUAUUUUGUGUAGUAUUUUAGACCUUUUAGUGAACUGAGAUUAUGCAUCUUGAAUUAAUUGUCCCAGAUCCCAUGCGGUUGUGAAUAGUGACUUAUUUCGUGUGAAUUAGGUGCAAUAUGCACCAAGCGUCACUUAAAUCUGGGACUCAUGGCAAUAUUGAAACGUCUCUUAAAUAAAGGGCUAUGCGAUUCGAAGUAUAAUUUGUAUAAAUAGAUGAAUAUGUGCUUCGUUUUCAAAAUGCUCUUAAGCCUUAAACGACGUUUUGGUAUGCAAUGGAUAAUCUUGUAAUAACUUAAUUUGCCAUCUUGUGUGAACAAUAGAAUUCAUGUAAAGUUGUAUUACAAAUUAAAAGUAGAAAUUGAACUAUUGUUAUGGAUAUAGAAAUUAUAUAUUCUUUUGUGACACUCGAUUUUUUUUUAAACAAUCGUGAAGGUGAAAUUAAGAGAAAAUGAUAGUUUUGUUUAAAAAGAAAUCUAUAAUUAUGUAUAAUUGUAGAUAAAUCCAAUUCCUUAUUUACUAAGUCGGCGAAUGUUUCACGUUUUAUUACUUAUUAGUAUAUUCCGACCCAAACUAUUCUGUGCCAUUUCUCUUUGCAAAUAUCGGCUAGUAUGCAUUAAGGGUAGUUACAAUGUCUUAAGAAUAUUACAAAGCCUAGAAACUAAACUUUAGUAAGCAAACUUAAUGAAAUGUAUGGUGCAAGUAAAGCCUAGUACUAAUACCUCUUAGACUUCUAAAGAUAGUUCUAGUUGGCCGUUAUCUUAAUGUUAAUUUUAUAUAUCAAGAUUUAGUUGUUAGGAAGUCAACUAUGUUUCCUUUUAAUAGAUUUCAUAGCAGAAUAAGAGUGUCCAAGUUUGUCGAAUGGUAUUAGAAAAAGAACAUUUUCUAUUGUCAAUUCAGUGGGAAAUUUAUAUACCACUAAAACGCUCAGCAGAGUUCAGCAUCGAGCAUCCAAACGAUAUAUAACUUAAAGUACGCAUGCGGACGUCUUUAAUAGUCGAUAUUACCACGGAAAACAGCAGAUGUCGUUGUAGCCAGUUAUUCGUGAUAUAGCCCGAAUGCCGAAGCUUACACCGUCGAUUCAAAACAACCGAUUGUUUUCGUUAGUCAACCGGAUUAUCUCAAUACUUGAAAAUGGUACGGUUGGCCUCUGCUAGAGUUGUACAAACAUGGCGUUCAAAUCAAUUAAAAAAAGUAUUGGCUUGUACAGCUUGAUGUGUGACUGAGAACGGACGGACGGGCAACGGAAAAUAAGUUAGGAAAUAAUAUUAGAAUAUUCUAAGUCUUGCCUCUUAAAUACACAUUUAUUUUUAUUUUAUGUAUAUGUAUCACGUAAAUUAUUAUUGUCACCUAUAUGAACCCAUUUUUUAAAUUAACAUAC